CCGGGCCUCGGGCGUGACCAGGAGCCACCCGUGGGCUCUGCAGUGGCCGCGUAUCCGGGUGACCUCGGGAGCCGGCCUGGGCCCCGGUGGAUCCCCGCGAGCCCCUCCACGUCCGCUCUCCACGUGCGUGUCCACGGUGCGCGUGCUCGUUGGCUCGCACCCCCCUGCCUGUCACUGCUGCUACUGCCGCUGCUGCCGCCGCCGCCGCCGCGCCGCGGAAAAGGUGCCGGGAACCGAGUGAGCCGGGGCCGCGGGCCCGAGCGCCAUGGGCCGGAAGGCGUGCGGAGGGCGGCUGGUCAGCCCCGGGCCUCACCCCCGCGGGAGAGCCGCCUGGAGUCGGCAGGGGCCGGCCGGGCCCACGGGGAGGCCGGCCCGCGCCCCCUGAGCUGCGGACACCAGGGCGCUCACCAUGGCCCCGCCGCUCCUGCUGCUGCUGCUGGCCAGUGGAGCGGCCGCCUGCCCACUGCCCUGCGUCUGCCAGAACCUGUCCGAGUCGCUCAGCACCCUCUGUGCCCACCGAGGCCUGCUGUUCGUGCCACCCAACGUGGACCGGCGCACAGUGGAGCUGCGGCUGGCUGACAACUUCAUCCAGGCCUUAGGGCCGCCAGACUUCCGCAACAUGACGGGGCUGGUGGACCUGACGCUGUCCCGCAACGCCAUCACCCGCAUCGGGGCCCGCGCCUUCGGGGACCUGGAGAGCCUGCGCUCCCUGCACCUGGAUGGCAACAGGCUGGUGGAGCUGGGCACUGGCAGCCUGCGGGGCCCCGUCAACCUGCAGCACCUCAUUCUCAGCGGCAACCAGCUGGGCCGCAUUGCACCGGGGGCCUUCGACGACUUCCUGGACAGCUUGGAGGACCUGGACCUGUCCUACAACAACCUGCGGCAGGUGCCCUGGGCCGGCAUCGGCGCCAUGCCUGCCCUACACACCCUCAACCUGGACCACAACCUCAUCGACGCAUUGCCCCCGGGCGCCUUUGCCCAACUCGGCCAGCUCUCCCGCCUCGACCUCACCUCCAACCGCUUGGCCACGCUGGCGCCCGACCCGCUCUUCUCCCGGGGGCGCAAUGCCGAGGCCUCGCCUGCCCCGCUGGUGCUGAGCUUCAGUGGGAACCCCCUGCACUGCAACUGCGAACUGCUGUGGCUGCGGCGGCUCGCCCGGCCGGACGACCUGGAGACCUGCGCCUCCCCGCCCAGCCUGGCCGGGCGCUACUUCUGGGCAGUGCCUGAGGGCGAGUUCUCCUGUGAGCCGCCCCUCAUUGCCCGCCACACGCAGCGCCUCUGGGUGCUGGAGGGCCAGCGGGCCACACUGCGGUGCCGGGCCCUCGGCGACCCUGCGCCCACCAUGCACUGGGUCGGCCCUGACGACCGGCUAGUUGGCAACUCCUCCCGAGCCCGGGCUUUUCCCAACGGGACCCUGGAGAUUGGGGUGACGGGUUCCGCGGACGCGGGGGGCUACACCUGCAUUGCCACCAACCCUGCUGGCGAGGCCACAGCGCGGGUAGAACUACGAGUGCUGGCCUUACCCCACGGAGGGAACGGCAGUACCGAGGGGGCCCGCCCGGGGCCCUCGGACAUCGCCGCCUCAGCCCGCACUGCUGCCGAGGGCGAGGGGACGCUGGAGUCUGAGCCAGCCGUGCAGGUGACGGAGGUGACCGCCACCUCGGGGCUAGUGAGCUGGGGGCCAGGGCGGCCGGCGGACCCCGUGUGGAUGUUCCAAAUCCAAUACAACAGCAGCGAGGACGACACCCUCGUGUACCGGAUCGUCCCAGCCUCCAGCCACCACUUCCUACUGAAACACCUGGUCCCGGGUGCCGACUAUGACCUCUGUCUGCUGGCCCUGUCACCCGCCGCUGGGCCUUCCGACCUCACAGCCACUAGGCUGCUGGGCUGUGCCCACUUUUCCACGCUGCCAGCCAUGCCCCUGUGCCACGCCCUGCAGGCCCACGUGCUGGGCGGGACCCUGACUGUGGCUGUCGGGGGGGUGCUGGUGGCUGCCUUACUGGUCUUCACUGUGGCCUUGCUGGUUCGGGGCCGGGGGGCCGGGAAUGGCCGCCUCCCCCUCAAGCUCAGCCACGUCCAAUCCCAGACCAACGGGGGCCCCAGCCCCACACCCAAGACGCACCCACCACGGAGCCCCCCGCCUCGCCCCCAGCGCAGCUGCUCCCUGGACCUGGGAGACACAGGCGGGUGCUACGGGUACGCCAGGCGCCUCGGAGGGGCCUGGGCCCGACGGAGCCACUCUGUGCACGGGGGGCUGCUCGGGGCCGGGUGCCGGGGCAUGGGGGGCAGCGCCGAGCGGCUGGAAGAGAGUGUGGUGUGAUGGCAAGGGAGCCAGCCCGGGGUGGGCGGCAGAGGGUGUGGGGUGGGCAGCCUCCUGGCCCAGUGGGUCAGUGCUGCCUGGGAGUCCCUCCUGGUUUUACCCUGGGUCCCUUGGGAAGGACAGGGGGC